GCGAGCAUCUUGACGAUUUCCCAAAGUGUAAGCAUCAAAUCUGCACGCUUCAACACGGAAGCUGCAGAUCGGACGUUUCUAACUGCGCAGUCCGGGCACAGCAUCUCCAGUCUCUUGCGCUUGUCUCGACUCUUUGUCCAGUUUUUUUGCGACCACGUUUGAAUUAUUAAUAGCAAGCCAUGCCGUCAGUUCCCUUGUCCAAAGAGGCCCCUCUCCAAAGCCCCAAAUGCCCCCACACCGCCAAGCUACUUCACCAACCCAACGGUGAAUUAACACGACGUGAGCUCCCGCUUAAGGGGCUUGACAGUGCGCCGACGGCGGAGGAUAAGGCAGAGCCGAACGUUGGCAUUCAGAGGAAAUGGAUCCGCCCGGACCUCCCUAGCCGCUGCAAGUGGAGCCUUGGGGCCUCACAGGCAGAAUCCCCUCACGCUCAAAUCCCACGAACGCCCGCGCCUGCCAUCCUUCCGAACAUUUUGCACAGGAUCGGUGACACUCCCCUGGUGCGGAUCAACAAAAUCCCAAAAGCAUUUGGACUCAAAUGUGAAAUAUUGGCCAAGUGUGAGUUCUUCAAUGCGGGCGGCAGUGUCAAAGACAGGAUCAGUCUGCGCAUGGUGGAGGACGCAGAGAGAGCGGGUGUCCUCAAACCAGGAGACACCAUUAUCGAGCCCACCUCUGGGAACACUGGCAUUGGAUUGGCUCUGGCCGCAGCCGUGAAAGGUUACCGCUGCAUCAUCGUCAUGCCGGAGAAAAUGAGCAUGGAGAAGGUGGAUGUCCUAAGAGCACUCGGAGCCGAAAUUGUGCGCACGCCGACCAGCGCUCGCUUUGACUCCCCCGAAUCCCACGUGGGAGUUGCCUGGCGCCUGAAAAACGAGAUCCCCAACUCCCACAUCCUGGAUCAGUACCGCAACCCGAGCAACCCACUGGCUCACUACGACACCACAGCUGAAGAAAUCCUGGAGCAGUGCGACGGUAAACUGGACAUGCUGGUGGCAGGAGCUGGCACCGGAGGAACCAUUACAGGCAUUGCCCGCAAACUAAAGGAACGUUGCCCCAACAUCAAGAUUGUUUGUGUGGACCCAUUAGGCUCUUGCCUCGCAGAGCCAGAAGAACUGAACAAGACGGAUCAGACCCAGUACGAGGUGGAGGGCAUCGGCUAUGACUUCAUUCCUACCGUACUCGACAGAUCGGUUAUUGAUAGCUGGUAUAAGUCCAAUGACGAGGAGUCCUUCAAUAUGUCUCGAAUGCUGAUUAGGGAUGAGGGCUUGCUGUGCGGGGGGAGCUCUGGCACCGCCAUGGCAGCUGCUGUCAUUGUUGCCAAAGAAUUGAAAGAAGGACAGCGCUGCGUGGUCAUCCUUCCAGACUCCGUCCGAAACUACAUGUCCAAAUUCCUGAGCGACAAAUGGAUGGUGCAGAAGGGCUUCCUGAGCGAGGAGGAACUCAUGGUGAAAAAACCCUGGUGGUGGAACCUACACGUGCAACAUUUGAACCUGUGUGCACCUCUCACUGUCUUGCCAACUGUAAGCUGCCAGAGGACAAUCCAAAUCUUGAAAGAGAAGGGCUUUGACCAGGCGCCCGUGGUGGAUGAGUCCGGGGUCAUCUUGGGUAUGGUGACUUUGGGGAACAUGCUGGCUUCUAUACUUGCAGGGAAGAUCAAGCUGUCAGAUCCGGUUAGCAAAGUGCUCUACAAGCAGUUCAAACAGAUCCGCCUGUUGGACAACUUGGGAAAGUUGUCCCGAAUUCUGGAAAUAGAUCACUUUGCCCUGGUGGUUCAUGAGCAGAUCCAGUACUUGGCAGACGGCUCUCCCAGUUUAAAGCAGAUGGUCUUUGGGGUUGUAACCGCUGUCGACCUGCUCAACUGUGUCACAGGCCGUGAGCGGCGGGAGCGUUCUUUCUCCGAUUCAACGGACGAGAUGUGACUGUGAAUGAUGCAGAGCAGUACUUGUACAGUUCUUCCAGCGUCAUCAUGCAUUACAGACAUGUUGAGUUAAUUUUUUUCUCAAGUAUGAUUUUUAAAAAAAAGGUGAGUAUCGGGAGUCACUUUUCUAUGUACGUAAACGUUAAAUGUUGAAAAUGUUACUUCAUUCAUAUAACUUGACGAUGGAUCUUUUUUUUCAAGAAAUUGAUUGUUAAGAAGUAAAUCUGCUUGCUGUGCAUAAAGAGUUGUUUGUUCUAGUAGAAAGCUUUUGUUUAUUAUUGUAAAUGGUUGAGACUUUGGUUUGAGAAAAGGGAUAUAAGAAUGAAGACCAAGACGGUUACCAAAACUUAUAUUUAAUGUUGAUAUUCAUUUCUAGUUACAGUGCAUGCGUUUGCUGCUUCUGCGUGGAUGCAAAACAUUUAUUUUGGGUAUCCUAAAGGAGGUAUUUUUGCGUUCAACACAUUGCCACUAGUUUCGAGGUGUCGGAGGAGAAAGUUGUUUUUAUUGACUUGUUGUAAUGUAAUUCAUGUUGAUGGUUCAAUAAAGAUGGUGCACUCA